UUGUUUUGUAGGAGCUUGGUUUUUUUUAUAUUAUUUCUUCUAACAAAUUACUUUAACACAACAGUCUUUUUACAAAUUAAUCUAGCUACGUUUAGUGCUACUCAAUUUGAACUUGCAUAUGUCUUAGAUUGGGUAUCCAUAAGUUUUUUAUCAUUAGUGUUUCUAAUUUCGGGGUGUGUUUUUAUAUUCGGAGAUGUCUAUAUAAAAGAAGAUGUAUUUCAAGUUCGGUUUUUUAUUAUUCUUCUGACCUUUGUGAUUUCAAUAUGUAUAUUAAUUGUGUCCUCAUCUUUCUUAACUAUAUUAAUAGGGUGAGAUGGAUUAGGAAUCACGUCGUUUGCACUUAUUAUUUAUUACAGGUCAUUCGAAUCAAAACAGGCUGGGUUUAAAACACUACUUAUUAAUCGUAUUGGGGAUGUAUUAAUUAUGCUGAGUGUAUUCAGAUUUUUACAAAAUGGUACGUACAUAUUAUCUGUUAUAAGUACAACCUGUUUGUUUUUAUUAUUACUCGCUAGACUUACAAAGAGAGCUCAAUAUCCAUUUAGAUCGUGACUUCCCGCUGCGAUAGCGGCUCCCACUCCCGUUAGUGCUCUAGUUCACUCCAGGACACUAGUAACCGCAGGUAUUUAUUUAAUAAUUCGUAUCAUAAUCAUUUCUGACUUUUGCGAGCUCACAAGUUCAAUAUUAGUGUUCUUAGGGGCAGUAACUUCUAUUCUAGGAGGAUCAGCUGCUGUAUUUGAAAAUGAUCUUAAAAAAAUCAUUGCCUUAUCAACGUUGAGUCAACUCGGUGUGAUAAUGUUUACUGUUGGAAUGGGAUACCCGUUGUUGGCUUUGUUUCACUUAUAUAUACAUGCUUUAUUUAAGGCUAUACUUUUCAUGGCGGCUGGAAAUAUUUUGAUAAUUUCUUUUGGGUGUCAAGAUUUACGCCUUCUUGGUGGUGUAGGGAUACUAAGUCCACUGACGAGUGUAAUUAUUAAUGUAAGUGGACUUUCAUUAAUGGGUAUUCCCUUUUUAAGUGCAUAUUAUUCUAAACAUUCUGUUAUAGAGAAAAUGUUUACCACUAGGAUUAAUAUGUUAUCCUUAAGAUUAAUGUCUAUUGCAACAGUUUUUACUUUUAUUUAUACUUUACGUAUAUUAUAUUGUAUUAGGUGAAGUAACAGAGGUUUAAUCAUCGGUUCUGUAAACACAUCAAAAAAGAUUUAUUUACCUAUAGUUAUUCUUGCAUUAUGUUCCUUACUUUUAGGAAAAUAUUACUGUUCAUUUGAUUUUUCGAAUAUAGAACCUAGUGUAGUACCAAUAUAUGGAUUAUUAUAUAUAAAUCUGUCAGUUCUUAUCUCUUUAUGUUUAUUUAUGUAUGUGUUUAAAGCGGGAAAAAAAAAGAAUUGGAUAUUAAGGAGCUUGUUUUAUGCAAGGCCACUAUAUUAUAAAUCUCCUUAUAUUUUAUUCAAAUUACAUAAAAAUUUAGGUCAGUUAGAUAAUGGUUGGUUAGAUAUAGGGAGAAAAAUUAAUUUAAUAUUUUCUGAACGUUCGCAUAUAAUUAUUAAAUAUUUUAAAUGACCCUCUUAA